AUGACAGGAAGUUUUAGUAAUUCUUUACCUAUGAGAGAAGUCCUGUAUGCGGACCGGGUGUUCAGAAAUUGUUAUGUCCAAGUAGGCGAUGCAUGGUUGGAAAAAGAUUUAAUUCCUUUAGAUUUGAUGGAUUUGAAUAUUAUAUUGGGAAUGGAUUGGCUGGAGAAGCAUCAUGCAUCAGUGGAUUGUUUCCGGAAGGAAGUAACACUUCGGAGUCCAGGGCAACCCAAAGUUAUCUUCCGGGGAGAACGUACAGUCCUCCCUACUUGUCUUCUUUUUGCUAUCACAGCUAAGAGGUUACUCAAGAAGGGGUGUGAGGGAUAUUUGGCUCAUAUUAUAGACACUCAAGAGAUCACCUUGAAUCUGGAAUAUAUCUCCAUUGUUCGAGAGUUCCUAGAUGUCUUUCCAGACGAUCUCCUUGGUUUACCCCCUAAAAGGGAAAUCGAGUUCACCAUAGAACUUCUUCCAGGCACCAACCCCAUCUAUCAAACUCCUUAUAAGAUGGCACCAGCUGAGCUCCAGGAGUUGAAGACUCAGUUGCAGGAAUUAGUGGAUUUGGGAUUUAUCCGACCUAUUCCCCGUGGGGUGCACCAGUGUUAUUUGUGA